AUGUCUGCGGAGACCGCAGUCCCGGGCACCGUCCACCUCGUGGACUUGGACCAUACCAUGCGCGCACGCCACGCUGGUGGUCAAACGGAUAUUGUCCUGGAUCCAGCCCCUUCCAAUGAUCCCAAUGACCCGCUGAACUGGUCACCGCGUCGCAAGCUUCUCAGCUUGAUCUGCCAGAACUUAUACACUUGGUUCGUCGGCAUUUCCGUCUCCACGGUCUACUCCGUCAUUGUGCCGCUCUCCGAGGCAUCAGGAGUGUCCAUUGCAACGCUCAACGAAGGCACGGGUUUCAUGUUUCUUUUCCUCGGCUGGGGCCUGCUCUUCUGGCAGCCAUUUUCGCUGCGAUAUGGAAAGCGUCUGGCAUACAUCAUUUCCACCGUGGGAGGAAUCGGUGUGAGCGUCUGGAGUGCCUAUGUCAAGAGCAACGGAGAAUGGAUCGCAAAGUGUAUUAUUCAAGGCUUCCUGUUGGCACCCAUUGAAGCCCUUCCGGAAAUCUCCAUUACUGAUAUUCGCGGCACGUACAUGGGCCUCUAUACCUUGUCCCUCCUGGGCAGCAACUACUUUGCGCCCAUCAUCUGCGGCUUCAUCGCCCAAUACCAGGGGUGGCAAUGGGUGUUUUACUGGCCCGCCAUCUUCCUCGGCGCCACCCUGCUCUUCCUCCUCUUCUUCAUGGAGGAGACCAACUACAACAGAAAGGCGCCCGCCAACGUAGGCUCCGACAACGAAACCAACGUGGCUGCCGGUGGGGCUUCUGCUGACGAAAAGGGUGUCAAGUCCGAGCACUCGGACGCCGCCUCGCGCUCCGCCGAGCCCGGCGAAGAGUACCCGCCCCCGCGCAACUUUGUGCAAAAGAUGUCGCUCUGGCAGCCUUCGCCCGGCCAAAACAUCUUCAAGCGGGCCUGGCGCAGCUUGUACUUCCUGAGCUGGCCCGUCAUCUUUUACGCGGGCUUCUCGUACGGCUCCUACAUUAUCUGGUUCAACGUCCUCAACGCCACCGCGUCCAUCGUGCUCUACGUCGCCUGCUGCGUGGGCACCAUUGUCGGCUCCCUCUUCUCUGGCCAGUUCAGCGACUGGCUCACCAUCAAGCUGGCCCGCCGUAAUGGCGGCAUCAUGGAGGCGGAGCACCGCCUGUGGCCCUUUGUCGUCUGCAUCUUCGUCGUGCCCGGUGCCCUCAUCCUCUGGGGUGUUGGCGCGUCUCGGGGCAUCCACUGGUUCGGCCUUACUUUUGCCAUGGGCUGCGUCGCCUUUAGCUUCGCCGUCGGCGUCACGCUGAGCAUCAACUACUUGAUUGACAGCUACCAUGAGAUCCGAGGCGACGCCCUCGUUUCGGUCAUUCUUGUGCGCAACACCAUGUCCUUUGCUAUGGGUUACGGCAUCACCCCGUGGUUGACCAACCUCGGUCUUCAAAACUGCUUCAUUUCCGCCGCCUUCGUGGGCAUGGCUGCUUCGUGCGUCUUUUUCGUCAUGAUCAAGUACGGCAAGGCGCUCCGAAUUCGUAGCGCGGCCAAAUACCACAAGGUGGUGGAGGAGGAUAGGGCCACGUGGGAGAGCACUUAG